GGGGUGUGCUUUGCUUUGAGGACUUGGCUCUUGAAUUACGUACAUCUCACAUGGAUCGUGAGCAGUUGAUUAACACUCUGAAUUGCAGGAAAAGGUAGGAUAUUGUUUUACAGGAAUGUUGUUUCACCUUGCAAAUCGUGUUUUGUGCCUGUGUGUAAGCAAAGAGUGGUUUUAUUAUUAAUGAAUUACAUAUAAAAGGAGUAUUAUGAGAUCUUAUAGUUAUGUGCUAUUUGCAUCCCAAAAAGAAAUGUUGUAAAGGUAAGUUACCUGCUGGUGUCGAAAAACAAGGCUUGUGAUAUUGUUUGCAUAUGUUUCUUGGUCUCUUCUCUGUUUUUCUUGGCUUAUUUCUAAGAUUUCACUAUCCGUUAUGGAAAAAGGUAGGCCUGCCCUUUGGAAGAUAAGUGGCUUUUAACAAAAGCGAUUCUUAAGCAUAGAUGUGCAGCUGAACUAAAAUCAUAAGUUUCUUGGACUGCUGAGUGUCCUUUCAAAGAAUGAAAGGGUGGAACAAGAAACGCUCCUGCAGAAAUCUGUACUUUGAAAAUUUGAAGACUGUGGGAAUAUGGUAAAUCUGAACCUCCAGAAAUCAGGUGAGCAAAAAAAGUAGCUCAUGAACGUAGCAGAUUUUCAGCUUCAUUUGUUUAGGUGCGAUCCUGCUGUUCUGAGUAGAUGUUUCUGCACUACUAAUUGAUACAGUAAUAGUGUCCCUGGUCUAUGUAAUUCUGAAAUAGCAUUAUACAAGCUGUUGAGUAUAUUGUGGUUUUUAUCCUGAAAUGCUUGACUGCCAUUGAGUGGAGAUGAAAGGGAGGAAGACAACAUGAGAUUAUUCCCCUUUAAUUAGCUUAGUCCCAAAACAUGCAGAGUGGGAAUUGUUGUACAUGGGGGUUUUGUGCCAAUAUGCCUUAGAAACAAAUUUAAUUGUUACAGUAAGCAUAACUAAAAUGGCAUGGCUGGCUUCUAGAAUUUAAUAGCGCUGUACUCAUUGCAGAGCACGGGGUUGUAAAGUUCCAGGGGUUAGAACGGUGUGGAAAUGAGGUAUGUGUCCUGAAUGAUAAGGGCUUGUAAGUCCUGUGUAAUAAGAGGCAACUUUUUACCACAGUUUCUGUUAAUGAGUGCUUAAUCCUCCUUUGGUAGCUAAAGAAAACACAGUUCCCCUGUGAAAAGCAAAACGGCGGCAACCUGGGGACCUGGUUACCUAAAUAUAUGGUGAAGUGAGAAAGGAUGUGUUAACCAGUCGGUACUGGCUGCUUUGGUAUGAUGUGACCUGCAGUCAGUGGAAGUGUGUCUGAAGUGAACCUCUCCGUAGUGAAAGAUACUCUGGGCAAACCCUUUGCACAUCCUUGGGCAGGAGAGGACAUAACCCUUGGUUCCUGUAAAGCAGCUGACAAGCUACUAAAUCUGCUGACAAAACCAUACCUUGCUGUGCAUGCUUGGCCCUCAGCAGAAAAGGGGAGAUGUCUGGGAGGGUGGCUGGAAGGACAAAACCAUCUUCCGGUAUACCACAGAAUUGAAGAAGGCUGCCCUGGCUCCCUCUCAAAGGAUUUUGUGGAUUUCAGUGCACGCACUCUUCAUUCUCUCCUAAUUUUUAGCAGCACAGUCCAAGCUAUGCUGAAUAUGGUUGGAAGCUUCAUUUCAACCAAAAAUAUUUCUCAGGGAAGUUAUUGGGUUACACUGUUUGAGGUCACAGCCUCUUUAUCUCUAAAAGUAACGGUAAGAAAGCAGGAGUUGAUGUAGGGCACUUGGAAUCCCUGCUAUUCAUGAGUAUUGAAAAAGUUCAGUGGUGUUCCUUGUGGAAAACAAGGAGUGCUGCAAUACACUUAGGAACGCAGAUGAUGUACAGUUGCUUUUAAAUUGCCUUAUAUCAACCUGCUGUUAGUUUAAGUAAGGAACAGCAGGCAACGAACUCGGAUUCACAGUUAGUGCAUACAGAAACAUUUGCCCAAACAAGGAAGAAAUUGCUGUAGAGGCACAUGUGCGCUUGUGGGGAAUGAAGGGUUUAGGCUGACACUCAGCCUCAAUCUGGACUUGUACGGCAAUUACUUGCACUCCAAAAAAUACUUUGAAUCCUAUAGGUCAAACUGAGUUCACAGGGCUUUUGCUGUAAAUUAUGGGACGGAGGUAAAGACGAGCAGGACAGGGAUGUUACAAAUGCCGUAUUGCUGGUGCAAGAAGAGACGGACUCUCCACCCAACAGGAGGUUUCUGGGUCGCUAGCAGUUAGAAACAGCAUUAGUCCCAAUAUUGCUGUUCUGCUGUACUGUAGCUGAGCACAGUCUUGAGAAUAUCAAGUAAAAUCAGCUGUGUACACCUGAGUUUAACUUGUCGGGUACAGACACUGAUUUUAAGUUUCCCAGGGACAGAGCUGCCCAUUUCUGCUGUGGUUUGCCUUGGCUCUGGAAGUUAAGCUGGUCUGAGAUGUUGGGCUGCACGCUUCAUUUGAAGCAUACAGCACUGUUUGGAGAGAUCUGGGCUAAGCACAAAGCCCAUCCAGACGAUAUCACUGAGGAGGUCUGUUAAAAAAAAAUCUAAAACUUCUAAAUGCUAAGGCAUUUAUGUAUUGACAUUUAAUAUGAUUACAUUUGUGUUCUGCAGUACCAUUGGGAUUGUCAGCCUCCCGACUUUGUGUGAAGCCAAUACUGUAGCCUAAAUUCUGUCUGUAUGGUACAAUUUGCACUGACUUAAAUAGUGCAGAGGAAAAAAAAAAAGCUGUUAAGACUGACUAAAAAUACUGCUAGGGAUAAAUAUGGUUAUUUUGCCAGUACUCGUUUCUAUCAGUACCUCAGCUUGCAGGUGGGCAGAGGUUUCAUUCCACCGCUCUGGGAUAUGGGGGUUGCUAGAGUGAAUUCUGGAUUGUUGUACAUUGCAGGGCUGGUGUUCAGUGCAUGUGCAAGUAGUUUUAAUACUGGGAAAGGAGAGCAAUAUCCUUACUCUCUGUUGCUGUUCUUAGAAAGCAGGAGUUUUACAUCAUGAGGAUAAGCAGCAUGGGAAUCCAUCCAUCAUGGGUUUGUACUACCAUCCUACUGAGAGGAGGAGGCUUCAUGGAAGACUUCAUUUGGAUACAUGCAUUAAUUUUUAAGCUUCAUCCUGCCGGCAGGAGUCAUCCUGCGACUGCAUGGACUUGGAGUCAAUAGGAGGAAAAGUGCCUGGUGCAGAAAUAAGAGAGAAGGCAAAACAUUAUGCUUUAAGAUGCCCUUGGUACAAAAUCAGGUGCAGCACUGAUGCUGUUACUCAUGGAAGAAGGUCAGUUUGUUGUACCACUCUGGACUUCAACGGAUCAACUUAUCUUCAAAGAUGACAGAGCAGAAAUGGUCCAAGAGGCUAAAAAAAAAAUUCAGUUAUGGCAAAACUGUGUGCACAGGACAGGCUGGAAAUAAUAGGAAUAGAAGAAAGAAGAGCUGUGCAGAUGGUUCUUGUGUCUACCAAGGCUUCUUGUUUGAGAAUAACACAGUUUGGAAGCCAGAUUCUUGCCAAGAAUGCCAUUGCCAUAACAAUGUUGUCAGCUGUGAACCUGCUGUUUGUGAACACCCUCAGUGCAACUUUCAGAAGGGAGAAGUCCUCCAAAUAGCCCCCAACAAGUGCUGCCCCGAGUGCGCCUCCCGAGCUGAUGGGUUUUGCCAGCAUGAAGGACAGAUCCACAGUCACGGCACGCAGUGGGCCAGCUCUGGAUGUGUCCUGUGCUCCUGUGCCCACGGGAAGGUGACCUGCACACCCACGGUCUGCCCAGCCCUCACGUGUGGAAGGGGAGAGCUGCAGUACACUGCCCAGGGAUUCUGCUGCCCCAAGUGCGUGGGCCUCGGCGAGCCCUGCUCCUUUGAUGGCCACUUGUUCCGGGAUGGUGAGGAAUGGCACCUCGGUCCGUGCUCCAAAUGCAUCUGCAGGGACGGCGCAGCUCAGUGCUUCACGGCUUCCUGCCAGCCUCUGCUGUGCAGCCAGGAUGAGGUUAUGGCUAUGUCUCCUGGAAAAUGCUGCCCAGAAUGCGUACCGAAGCCCUGCUCAGUGUCGGGAAGAGUCUACCAGCAUGGUGAACAGUGGGAAAAAGAUGCCUGCACUGCGUGUGCAUGUCAUGGAGGGGAAGUGAUGUGUCUGAGAGAGACCUGUGGCUCUCUUACAUGUGACAAGGGGCAGAAUAAAGUGCGGCGUUCUGGGAAGUGCUGUGAAGAGUGUGUGUCCUCCAAGGAAAGCUGCUUGUAUAAUGACACCAUCAGGUACCAUGGUGAGAUGUGGAACAGCACUCGCUGUGACUUCUGCAUGUGUGGGGAAGGGCAAGUCUCUUGCCGGGAAGCAGAGUGUGCCAAAGUGGAGUGUGCCAAGGGUGAAGAAUUAGUUCACUUCGAAGGGAAGUGCUGUCCUGAAUGCAUUUCGAGUCACAGUGACUGUGUUUACAAUGAACGUACCAAAGCUAAUGGAGAGAAAUGGAAAGAAGGGCCAUGUGGAGAAUGCGAAUGCCAGGAUGCGGAGGUGACGUGCUUCCAGCGCUCCUGCCCACCCUGCCCACUGGGCAGCCUGGCCGUUGAGGCGAAGGGUGACUGCUGCCCGCGCUGCGAGCCAGUUGAGUGCCACCCAGACUGUUUGACCUGCUCUCAAACCUUCGAUCAUUGUGAUGCCUGCCGUGAUGUGAGGAAGCAACUACAGAAUGGGCGCUGUGUGGAGACAUGUGAAUCGGGCUACUACCGGGAUGGGGGAACUUGCCUUGCCUGCAAUGAAACAUGCUCAGCCUGUACCGAUGGAUUUGAAUGCUCCUCAUGCCAGGCAUCCCUGUUAAUGAAGAACGGGCAGUGUGUGACUUCGUGUGGGAAGGGAUAUUUUCAGGAUCAGCUUCUGUGCACAGCUUGUCAUGAAUCGUGUUCCUCGUGCUGGGGGGCUGCUGAGAACAACUGUUUGUCCUGCAAAGACACAUCACACGUGCUCAAAAUGGGACUGUGCGUGGCCAGCUGUGGAGAGGGAUUUUAUGUGAAGAACGGAAUCUGCAGCGCUUGUGACCAGUCCUGUGCAACAUGCUCUUCAGACCAACCCUGGUGUUUGACUUGUGCUUCCAAGAAGGUGUUACAUGAUGGGAAGUGCAUUUCAGAGUGCCCGGAUGGAUAUUUCCGAAGUAGCAGUGGCAGAUGCAGAGCUUGUCACGCUUCCUGCGCCACGUGUGAGGGACCUCUGGCCACUCAUUGCACCUCCUGUUCCCAUCCUCUGGCCUUGCACCAGGGCCAGUGCUUACAGGUCUGUGGAGAGGGUUUCUACCAGGAUCACGAUGUCUGCAAGGGUUGCCACCACUCCUGCCGCUCCUGUCUUGGCGCGGGGCCCUCUCACUGCCUGCGGUGCAGGGCGCCAGCGGACGUUCUGCAGCCUCUCCAGCCCGCAGAAGGAGCUGUGCACGGCCUGUGCCUCUCUCGGUGCCCAGCCCGGUUCUACGCGGACAGCACAGGAAUCUGUAAAGAGUGCCACUCCUCCUGCGCAGGCUGCGUGGGGAACAUGGCUCAGGACUGUACAGCUUGUCUGUCUUCCCAUGUCCUGCUUGAUGGGAGAUGCCUCUCGGAGUGCCCAGAGGGGCUGUUCAGCCACAAAGAUCGCUGCUAUGCCUGUCAUCCAUCCUGCAAGACAUGCCAUGGCCCUUCGGAUUCGGAGUGCUUAACCUGCCAUCCCCAUGCGACUCCAGGCAGUGGGAAGUGCAGGACGAGGUGCAAGGAAGAGCAGUAUCUCAACCUAGUUGGAUAUUGUGUGGACUGCCACCCUUUGUGCCGGCAGUGUGUGGCCAAUCUGCGGGACACCGGCAGCAUCUGCCUGAAGUGCCAGAAUGCCCGUCACUUGCUACUGGGGGAUCACUGCGUUCCUGACUGUCCGGUGGGAUACUAUGCAGAGAAUGGCGCCUGCAAACGGUGCCACCCCUCCUGUAAAACCUGCACUGGUGACGGUCCUUUUUCCUGCUCUUCCUGCAACACCAGCCUGGUUCUCUCCCACACCAGCACGUGCGUGCCAGUCUGCUCCUCUGGAUACUACCAGGAUGACAGGCGGACCUGCAAACCUUGCAAAAGCCAGUGCCUGAGCUGUGAAUCAGCUACCAGCUGCACGGCUUGCAGAGAUCCAGCUAAAGUCCUGUUGUUUGGAGAAUGCCAGUAUGAGAGUUGCGCUCCGCAGUAUUACUUGGAUUUUUCCAGCAAGACCUGCAAAGAGUGUGACUGGAGCUGUAAUUCUUGCAAAGGUCCCCAGAGGACCGACUGCCUGCAGUGUAUGGAGGGCUACGUUCUGCACGAAGGAACCUGUGUGGAACAGUGCCCUGCAGCUUUUUACGAGGAAUCAGACACGUGCCAGAGGUGUGAUCAACACUGCCUUCAGUGUCGCCAGCCAGAUGAGUGCAGCCUUUGUGAAGCCCCAUUUUUCCUCUUGGACGCUCAUUGUGUUCAGGAAUGUGGGAAGCGGAAUUAUGCAGAUCAUGUGCAGCGCAAGUGCACAGCUUGUCCUCCUGGGUGCCUGGAGUGUGACAGUGACAACCUGUGCCACCUGUGUGACAGCACCACGUUCCUGAAGAAUAAGAUUUGUGUUCCUGCCUGUGGCCAGGGUUUCUAUGGCAAUAGGUGGACCAGAGAGUGUGAGGAAGCCAGCAAGCAUCCUUCGAGCUUCCACAACAGCAGUACCCUCACGGUGGGAAUCGGCGGGGUGAAGGCCUUAGACCUGGCCUUACUGGGUUGGUGUGAUCUGCAUGGUGACCCAGGACAGCUCUCGUUCCACAUCGACAGUGCUCCCUCCAACGGCAGGCUCAUGAUGGCAGCAGAUGGGCAGGAGGUGCAGCUGAGCAGAGGCGACCACUUCAGCUGCAAGGAUGUGAGGGAGAAGAAAGUCCGAUUCGCGCACAGCAGAGGGAAAUCCAGGAAAGGACAGUUUUCCUUGAAGGUCAGCGAUCACCAGUUCUUCUCUCAUCCUGAGGUGGUCAACGUUCAAGCAUUUUCGACACAGGCCCCAUAUGUGUUCCGAAAUGAGGCCCUCCUUAUCCGCAGAGGAGAAAUCGGAACUAUAUCGGACCUGUUGCUUGGUGUAAGGGAUGGUGACAAUUCUCAGGACGUUGUGCUGAUGGUUUUGGAGCCUCCACGUCACGGGCAGCUGAUGAAAUCUGCUGGGGACUCAGCAUCCACAGUCCACCUGUUCCACCUUGAUGACCUUGCCAGCGGGCUGCUCCGUUACAUUCACGAUGGCUCUGACACCCAGGAUGAUGCAGUGCUUUUGCAAGUGAGCGAUGGGUACCACUUCCAGAACAUCUUGUUCCACAUUAGGAUUGCUCCCAAGGAUGACAGAAGCCCUCAGCUGGUGACAAAUUCCCUGGUCUGGGUGCCCCAGGGGGGCAUGCUACAGCUCUCCAAGACAAUUCUGCAUGCCAAGCUACCUGGUGCCCGUGACUCUGAGAUAACCUACACCAUCAUCAAGGACCAACCAAGACAUGGUGAAGUGGUGCUUCUGGUCCCAAUGCCAGCAGAUGGCCCAGCAGACUCGUGGCAGCUUUUGCCUGAUGGAAGAGCAGCCUCAUCUACAACCUCUUUUACCCAGCAGGACAUCAAUGAAGGCAUUGUGUGGUACAGACACUCUGGAUCGGAAGUAGAGAGUGACUCCUUCCAAUUCCAGCUUUCCAGCUCUGCCAGUCCACAAGCCAGCUUGGAAAGCCACGUGUUCAACGUUGCUGUUCUCCCACAGACACCCAGAGCGCCUCAGCUUUCCCUCGGCUCCUCUUUGCACAUGGCUGUACUGGAGGACCGUGUGACAGUGAUUGAGCCCCAUCACCUCUCCUUUGUAGACCCGGAGAUUCCCAGUGAGAAAAUCCUGUUCAACGUGACUGUCCCUCUCCUUCCUGGCCAAGGUAUCGUGGAGCAUAGAGACAGGCCUCUCUCCCCAGUCAGGUAUUUCACCCAAGCAGACAUAAACCAUGGCAAGAUUGCUUAUCGACCGCCGACUGCAGCUCCUCACUUGAGAGAGAUGAUUGCCUUCUCUUUUGCGGGUCUCCCAGAGUCAGUGAGCUUCCGAUUCACAGUGUCUGAUGGAGAGCACACAACCCCGGAGAUGGUGUUUGUCAUUCAUUUGCUCUCUGCGGAUCAGCAGCCUCCAGUCUUCCAGAUCGCAGCUCCCUUCCUGGAGGUCAGCCAGGGUGGCAAAGCCACCAUCGGGAUCCAGUUAGCUGUGAGCGACAUGGAUACGGCUCCUGAGGGUCUUUUCUUUGAGCUGUUAAAACCUCCCCAUCAUGGUAUUGUGCUCAAGUACAGCGCAGGCGUGCAGGAGCGCAUGAGAGCAGGUGACACCUUCACCUACGAGGAGGUCACUCGAAAUGCUCUGCAGUACGUGCACGAUGGUUCAGCAGCAGCAGAGGACAGCAUGGAAAUCUCUGUCACCGACGGUGUCACCACAGUGACCACAGUGCUGAGGGUGGAAGUGUCCCUGCUGGAUAACAACGGUCCGCAGCUGGCCCUGGGCUGCUUUUUGGCAGCCACUGUGGCUAGUAAAAGCUCCGUGACCCUCUCUCGAUUGCACCUCGCUUAUGUUGACAACAAUUCUCCUGACUCGGAGAUAAGAAUCCAGUUAAUAUCUCUGCCUGCAUAUGGCACUCUCUUACGAAAGUCUGGCUCUCGUGAUGAAGAGCUUUCCAAGGUUUAUAAUUUCACCAUGGAAGACAUCAACAACCAGAGGAUCAGCUACUCCACCACGUUUGAGACCAGCAAUCAGCCAGUGACAGACAUCUUCCACUUCACUGUUUUUGAUGCUGAUAACAACCGGCUUGACAGGCAGAUGUUCACCAUCACUAUCACGCCUGCCCGCACAGUGCCAUCGCUCAUUGCUUUUGCUGACCACAUCACUGUGGAUGAGGGGGGCAGGGUCCCUCUGCUGGCUCAUCACCACUUAGCUGCUGAUUAUGAUUCUGCCACCAAGGAGGAUCUGAGAGUCACGGUUCUCACUCUGCCUAUGUAUGGCUACAUUGAAAACACAAAGACAGGUGAGAGCUUUGGCCCGCAGAGUGAGUCUGCUGUGACCGCCGAUGCAUCCUUUUCCCUUCAAGAUGUUCUAGAGAACCGCAUUUAUUACUUCCAGAGCGUCCAUGAAAGCAUCGAGCCAACGAGUGAUGUUUUCAGCUUUCACAUGAGCGAUGGCUUCAGCCAGUCUGAGGUGCAGAGCAUUAACAUCACAAUUCAGCGGCAGAACGAUGAGCCCCCGAAGAUGGUGCUGGAGCCUGUCCGAGUGCGCAAGAGCUCGGGGGUGGUCGUUACCAACGCCUCCCUCAGCCUGCAGGACUUGGACACCCAGAACAGUGAGCUCCUCAUCGUGGUUACCAAAAGUCCUGAGCAUGGUCAUCUCCGCAGGAGGCAGACUGCUGCAGAGCACCCAGAGCAUGGACAUGUGCUGUCCACGGGCUCGUCCUUCACUUACCAGGACAUUUUGGAUGAGCUGAUCGUUUAUACUCAGAGUGGUGCAGCAGCACAAACAGAUGAGUUUGGCUUCUCCAUCACGGAUGGUCUCUACACGCAGACGGGGAGGCUGGAGUUUUCAAUGGAGCUGCCGAAGAAGCAGCCACCCACAUUAGCUGUCAACAGGGGCCUGCAGCUCCCAGCUGGCUCUGCAGCACAGCUAACAGCUCAGCACUUGAAAGCAGCAGCUAUUUAUUCAGAUGACACAACGAUCAGAUUUGUCGUGAAGAGGGAUCCCAGAGUGGGCCAUCUGCAGUUGACCAAAACUGAUAAUCUAGUCCAGAUUUCUGCUGAAGGACCUGUCAAAAGUUUCACUCAGGCUGACAUAAAUAAAGGGCAAGUGGUGUACAGUCACAAGAGAGGCGAUUCUGGUGGAAAUUUCGCCUUCACCUUUGAUGUGAUCGAUGCUGAUGGCAACAAACAGACGGACCAGCUUUUUUAUAUUAACGUAUUAGAGGACAGAUUUCCCCCCUCCAUCAUCGCUAAUGAAGGGCUGGUCUUGGAUGAGAACUCAGCGAAGACGAUCACGACCCUCCAGCUCUCAGCCACUGACCAGGACAGUGAGCCGACGCAGCUCCAGUACAAACUCAUCAAGCAGCCCCAGUUGGGGCACUUGGAGCAUGUGGCCUCCCCAGGGACAAGAAUUAGUUCCUUCAGGCAGGCAGACUUGGCCUCUCGCAGCAUCCGGUAUGUCCACACCAGUGACAUUGAGAAGCAUACAGACGCAUUCACCUUUUCUGUUUCUGAUGGGACGAACGAGGUGAGCCAGACGUUUGACAUCACCAUAAACCCUGUGGAUGACUCCUUACCUGUAGUGCAAAGCCUCGGGAUGACAGUUCAGGAAGGUGUGAGAAAAACCAUCACAGAGUUUGAGCUUAAAGCAACAGACGCUGACACAGAGGCUGAGUCAAUUACGUUCACCAUCGUGCAGCCCCCUCGGCAUGGCCUGAUUGAACGCACCAGCAACGGGCAGCGUUACCACCAAGCCACCACCUUCACCAUGGAUGACAUCUACCAGAACCGCAUCACCUACAGUCACGACGGUAGCAACUCGCUGAAGGAUCGCUUCGCUUUCACUGUGUCGGAUGGGAUCAAUCCCUUCUUCAUUGUGGAAGAUGGGGGGAAGAAGGUUGUAACAGCAGCACCGCAGCGCUUCAAAGUGGACAUUCUCUCUGUGGAUGAUGGGACACCCAGGAUCGUCACCAACCUGGGUUUGCAGUGGCUGGAGUACAUGGAUGGCAAGGCAACCAAUCUAAUCACCAAGAAGGAAUUACUGACGACAGAUCCUGACACCGAUGACAAACAACUGAUUUAUGAGAUAACAACCAGUCCCAGAAAUGGUUAUGUGGAGAACAAGCUGAAACCAGGGACAACUGUGACCACCUUUACACAGGAGGAUGUGAACCAGGGCCUCAUUCGGUACGUGAUGCAUGAGGAGAAGAUUCAGGAGACCAUGGACAGCUUUCAGUUCCUAGUGAAGGACAGCAAACCCAAUGUGGUCAGUGGCAACAUCUUCCAUGUCCAGUGGUCUCUCCUCAGCUUUACGUACACGAGCUACAACAUCAGAGAGAGCGCAGGCUCUGUGAGCGUUACCGUGAGGCGGAUUGGUAACCUCAACCAGUACGCGAUCGUUUUGUGCCGCACAGAGCAGGGAACGGCCACCUCCAGCUCUGGCUCACAGCCAGGAGAGCAGGACUAUGUGGAGUACGCAGGGCAGGUGCAGUUCGAGGAGCAGGAGGACACCAAGGCCUGCACCAUCAUCAUUAAUGAUGACAACAUCUUCGAGAGCACAGAGAGCUUUGCCGUGGAGCUCAGCAUGCCAGCCUACGCUCUGCUGGGGAACGUCACGCGGGCCACAGUCACUAUCACCGACGCAGAGGAUGAGCCCACCCUGCAGUUCGACAGGAAGACAUACCAUGUCAGCGAGAGCGCUGGUUUUGUCUCUGCUGCUGUUGAAAGGAAAGGGGAUACCAGCAGCACUGUGUCUGCCAUCUGCUACACUGUCCCCAAAUCAGCCAAGGGAAGCAGCCUUUAUAUGCUGGAAUCCGGCUCCGACUUCAAGUCCCGGGGGAUGGCGGAUGACAGCCGCAUUGUUUUUGGUCCGGGUGUCACCAGGAUGACAUGUGACAUCACACUGAUCGAUGACAGCGAAUACGAAGAAGAAGAGGAGUUUGAGAUCGUAUUGGCUGAUGCCUCAGACAAUGCACGCAUUGGCAGCCGGGCUUCAGCCAACAUCUUCAUCAGUGGUCCCAACGAUGCCUCUACCGUGUUCCUGGGGAACGCGACUUUUACCGUCAGUGAAGCUGCAGGAAACAUUGAGAUUCCAGUCCUCCGUCAGGGACCUGAUCUCUCCACCCCUGUCUCGGUGUGGUGUGCCACUCGGACAUCUGACCCUCCAUCUGCCAGCCCAGGAAUUGAUUAUGUUCCCAGCUCCAGAAAAAUAGAGUUCAGGCCAGGCAAAACAGAAGAGUUCUGCACUCUGACAAUCCUGGACGAUGCACAGUACCCAGUAAUAGAAGGGCUGGAGACAUUUGUUGUUUAUCUCAGCUCACCCCACGGAGCUGAGCUGACAAAGCCAUUCCAAGCGAUUGUGGCCAUUAAUGACAUCUUCCAAGACGUACCAAGCAUGCAGUUCUCCAAGGACAUGUACACGGUGAAGGAGAAGGAGGGCACUCUGCACAUCCCCAUCUUCCGCAGCGGGGACCUGAGCUAUGAGUCCUCUGUCAGGUGCUACACCCGGAGCCAGACAGCAGAGGUGAUGGAGGACUUUGCAGAGAGGAGAAAUGCAGAGGAGUCUCGCAUCACUUUCUUGAAAGGAGAGAAGGUGAAGAACUGCAGUGUUCGUAUCAGUGAUGACUCGGCCUUUGAACCAGAAGAGCAGUUCCAGGUCUAUCUUGGCAGCCCGCUUGGAAACCAUUGGAGUGGAGCUAGGAUCGGGAAGAUGGACAUGGCAACCAUAACUGUCACCAAUGAAGAAGAUGCACCCACCAUUGAGUUUGAAGAAGCUGCCUACCAAGUACGGGAGCCGCCUGGCCCAGAGGGUGUUGCUGUUUUAAAUAUCAAAGUGGUCCGGAGAGGGGACCAGAACAGGACCUCAAAAGUCCGCUGUAGCACCCGCGAUGGCUCAGCUCAGGCUGGAGUAGAUUACUAUCCCAAGAGUCGAAUGCUCAAGUUCAGCCCAGGUAUGAACCACAUUAUGUUUAAGGUGGAGAUCAUGUCCAACGAAGACCGGGAGUGGCAUGAGUCCUUUUCUCUGGUGCUGGGUCCAGAUGACCCAGUGGAAGCUGUUUUGGGAGAUACCAACACUGCAAUAGUGACUAUUCUGGAUCAGGAGGCAUCAGGGAGCCUGAUUCUACCAGCACCUCCUGUGGUCGUCACCCUGGCUGAUUACGACCGGGUGGAAGAAGUGACCAAGGACGGUGCUAAGAAAUCCCCUUCCCCAGGCUAUCCGCUUAUCUGCGUCACUCCUUGCGACCCUCACUUCCCCAAGUACACGGUCAUGAAGGAACGCUGCAGUGAGGCUGGGAUCAACCAGUCUUCAAUACAGUUCAGCUGGGAAGUAGCAACUCCAACGGAUGGAAAUGGAGCCAGGUCACCUUUCGAAACCAUCACUGACAACACACCAUUCACUAGCGUCAACCAUAAGGUACUGGACAGCAUUUACUUCAGCCGACGGUUCCACGUGCGCUGUGUGGCGAAGGCUGUGGACAAGGCUGGCCAUGUGGGCACCCCCUUGAGAAGCAAUGUUGUUACCAUAGGCACAGACAGUGCCAUUUGUCACACUCCGGUGGUGGCAGGGACAGCCAGAGGUUUCCAGGCACAGUCAUUCAUUGCCACUCUGAAGUACUUGGAUGUCAAGCAUAAGGAACAUCCCAACAGAAUCCACAUCUCGGUGCAGAUCCCCCAUCAGGAUGGUAUGCUGCCCCUCAUCUCCACCCUGCCGCUGCACAAUCUCCAUUUCCUUCUCUCCGAGUCAAUCUACAGGCACCAGCACGUCUGCUCAAACCUGGUCACCAUCAGAGACCUCCGAGGCAUCUCUGAGGCAGGGUUUCUGGAUGAAGUGACCUAUGACAGCAUUGUUCUCGGCCCUGGCUAUGACCGUCCUUACCAGUUUGACCCCACAGUGCGAGAGGCAAAGACGAUCCAGCUCUACAAGCACCUCAACCUGAAGAGCUGCAUUUGGACUUUUGAUGCUUAUUACGACAUGACUGAAUUAAUUGAUGUCUGUGGAGGCUCUGUCACUGCUGACUUUCAGGUGCGGGACUCUGCUCAGUCCUUCUUAACAGUCCACGUCCCACUCUACGUGUCUUAUAUUUACGUGACGGCACCACGAGGCUGGGCUUCCCUCGAGCAUCACACGGAGAUGGAGUUCUCCUUUUUCUACGAUACCGUUCUCUGGAGGACAGGGAUUCAGACGGACAGCGUUCUCUCAGCCCGGCUGCAGAUAAUCAGGAUCUACAUCCGCGAGGAUGGCCGGCUGGUUAUCGAGUUCAAGACGCAGGCCAAGUUCAGAGGGCUUUUUGUGAUGGAGCACCACAGCCUGCCGGAUGUCAAGUCUUUUCUAAUGACUCCAGACCACUUGGGAGGGAUCGAAUUUGACCUCCAGCUGCUGUGGAGUGCUCAGACUUUUGACUCUCCCUACCAACUGUGGAGAGCGACCAGCUCCUAUAACAGGAAGGACUACUCUGGAGAGUACACCAUCUUCUUGAUCCCCUGCACUGUGCAGCCCACGCAGCCGUGGGUAGAGCCUGGAGACAAGCCCCUGCCCUGCACAGCUCACGCUCCGGAGAGAUUUCUGAUCCCGAUUGCCUUCCAGCAGACAAACCGCCCGGUUCCUGUCGUCUACUCCCUAAACACAGAGUUUCAGCUCUGUAACAACGAGAAGGUGUUUCUGAUGGACCCCACUAAAUCUGAAAUGUCUCUGGCAGAAAUGGAUUACAAAGGAGCUUUUUCCAAGGGGCAAAUCCUGUACGGCCGUGUGCUCUGGAACCCUGAACAGAACCUGAACGGCGCUUACAAACUGCAGCUGGAAAAAGUCUAUCUGUGUACGGGCAAGGAUGGCUACGUGCCUUUCUUUGACCCAACGGGCACUGUCUAUAACGAGGGGCCCCAGUAUGGCUGUAUCCAACCCAACAAGCACCUGAAACACCGAUUUCUCCUCCUGGACCGAAACCAACCAGAAGUGACGGAUAAGUAUUUCCACGAUGUGCCUUUCGAUGCCCACUUUGCUUCCGAACUGUCAGAGUUUCAUUCUGUAAGCAGCAUGCCCGGAGUUGAUGGAUUUACUCUCAAGGUGGAUGCUCUCUACAAGGUGGAAGCUGGACACCAGUGGUACCUUCAGGUCAUCUACGUGAUUGGCCCUGAGAGCAUGGCAGGGCCUCGCGUCCAGCGAUCCCUCACUCACCGCUGGAAACGCAGCCGCCGGGACUUGGUGGACAGCAGCGGGAGACUGAUGCUGGACGACUCCUUAAUCUACGACAACGAGGGCGACCAGGUCAAGAACGGCACCAACAUGAAGUCACUGAUCUUGGAGAGGGAGGAAGCCGCUGUCGCAGCCUCCUUAUCUCAGACGGGUGCUUCCCUGGGGAGCGCCUUCGCUGCCGUCACCCUGCUCCUGCUGCUGCUGGCUGGCGUCUGCCUCCUCACCAGGAAAUGCCUGAAGCUGCGGAGGAAGCAGGAGGCUGCCGGAGCUGCCCCGGAGGAGCAUCCGCUCAACACUAAGGUGGAGCUGCCCCGGGGCACCGGGAGGGUGCUGGACAGGCAGUAUUGUACCGUGAGGAACAUUAAUAUAUUGAGGGAAACGGAGGGCGUCUGCGAGGGGAAGGGCAGGAAGGUGAAGCAGGUGAACUUGGAAGUCAAAGUCCACAGCAAUUUGCACGAUGGAACAGAAGUUUAACAGAGCGCACGCUUUGGUUUGGUAAAAGCUUUUUAUAAAUUGAAAAAAAAAAAAAAAAAAGCCGAAAAGGAAAAGCUAAAAGAAGUCAUGCAGGUAUUUUUAUACUCUGGAGCGGAGAGGGAGCGGCUGGAGCCCAGCUCUCCUGCCUGGGCUGCCUCCUCGCAUGGCUCUGCAGGAGGUGGCUGGGCAGGUGCUGCAGCCACCUUCCUCGAUGCCUAUGGCCAGGCAGGGAAUGCAGCCUUCCCUCUCCAAGUGUCCAUCCUCUUCUGGCUCCGCUGCUUCCCGGGGAGCCCGGCAGCUCCACAGCGCAUCGUCCUCACCCCAGCACCCAGGACUGGCUCUGCUCCCGCAGCACAGGGACCCUCAUCUCUUCCUGGGAAGGGACACGGCAUCACCAGGGUCAGUCCCUGGACUUUGCCACUUCCAAGGAGGAAAACAGUGCAGCGAAGCCCGCUGCCUCCGGACUCAGUGCUGGGGUGGGGAGGUUCCUUGGGGGGAUGCUGAUGUUGUCACAUGGGUGAGAACCAUCCUACGGAAUAAAGUCUGAGUGUAA